AUGAGAGCUCUUCGACAAGGGGAUCCUAUCUCCCCCUUGUUGUUUGUUCUUGGUAUGGAGUACUUGUCUCGGAUCUUGACCAAGGUAGGGACAUGGCCAGGUUUCAAAUAUCAUGAUAGAUGUGCAACGCUGAAGUUGAAUCACUUGUGCUUUGCGGAUGACCUCUUGCUUUUCUGUAAUGGAGACUACAUUUUAAUCCUUUUGAUGUUAAGAGGUUUGAAAUUAUUCUCUAAUACUUCAGGUCUAUUUCCCAAUGCUUCUAAGAUUGCGGUCUACUGCCAUGGCAUGCCUGCAACAGAAGUGGAACGGGUUCUUGAUGUAUCUGGCUAUACUCGCAGCUACCUUCCCUUCAGGUAUCUCGGUAUCCCAAUUUGUUCUAAGAAAAUUUCUGCUGCUGAAUGUAAAAGUAUUCUAGAGAAAAUGACAAGCAGGAUUCGGCUAUGGAGUACCAGGAACCUCUCUUACAUGGGGAGAGUUACAUUGAUUAACUCAAGCUUUCCUUUGGAAAGGAACCUCGGAUACUCAUGGUCAUGGCUUAAUUGCUUGGGAAAUCUUUGUUUAUCAAAAGCUGCAGGUGGCUUAGGCUUUAGAAGAAUUCAUGAUUGGAAUGAAGCUGCCAUAGGGAAAUAUGUUUGGGCUAUUGCCAAGAAAAAAGAUAACCUAUUUGUCAAAUGGAUAAAUAGUGUUUACUUAGUGAUCAGAAACUGGUGGGAUUAUGUUUGUCCUAUGGAUUGCAGCUGGUAUUGGAAACGUAUAGUUGCUGUGAAAGAAAGAUUCAAAGCCAAAAUUUCGCUUGGAUCUUUUUUAUCUCAGAACUAUAGCAUCAAAAAUGGUUUAGAGCUGAUGGUUGUUCCCGAAAUUAAAGUGCCUUGGAGCAAGUUUGUUUGUAAUAGACUUAUUACUCCUAAGCAUAGAUUCAUUAUGUGGUUAGUCAUGUGGGAGAGAUUACAUACAAAGAAUCGAAUUGUUAAAUACAAUCCGACUCUUGAUCAGGCCUGUCUGCUUUGUGGGGAAGCAAAUGAAAACAUCGAGCAUCUCUUCUUCAAGUGUAUAUAUAGCAGGAAAUGUCUAACUGCCAUUAAAAGUUGGCUCAUCUGGAAUGCACAGUCAACUAACCUGGUUAGUCUGCUGAAAUGGAUUUCACAUGCCAAGUUCUCGAGAAUACACAAGAGCAUGUUGCUGUCCAUCCUUGCCGCUACUAUCUAUAAUAUUUGGAGGGUAAGGAAUGAAGUUCUAUGGAACCAGAAGCUUUGGCACAUCAAGCACACAGUGAGUAAGAUUCAAAAUGAGUGUAAAUUGCGAUUAAUUAGUGUAUUACCAUGUAAAGAUUCAAGUAAAGAUAGAGAGUUUCUUUAUAGCUUAUAG